AUGUUCCAGCGAUCAAGGCCAUCAACUUCCCAGAGUACAUCUGCGUCCACGCCGUAUGGGUACUACGGAUAUGGUGACUAUAAUAAUAUCACUACUGCGUCCCGUCCAAGUACCCGCAGAAACACAGGUAGGCCAUCAACUGCACGACCAAGGACCGGCGCCUCUACUAUCACUAGGGUCGAGGCUCAGAAUGUUGUUUGUGCCAUUGCGGAGUCUCGUGGUAUCUCACCUACCGUCGGCUUGGCUUUCGUAAAUCUCGACACAGCAGAAGCAGUACUCUGUCAAAUCUGCGACAGCCAAACUUUCGUCCGGACUGUCCAUAAACUGAAGGUCUAUGGUCCAUCCGAGAUCCUGAUCGUUUCCACUGCCGCGAGUCCUAGGUCGAAGCUCUUCUCAAUCAUUGAAGAGAACCUUGAGGAUAUCGGCAGCAAGCUGACUUUGCUUGAUCGGCGCUAUUGGGCCGAGUCGACUGGAUACGAAUACAUUCAAUCUCUAGCUUUUAAAGAGGAUGUAGAAGCUAUUAAGAUGUCUGUCACUGGCAACUACUAUGCGGUGUGCUGCAUUGCAGCAGCGCUCAAGUACAUCGACCUGGGCCUGGGUAUGGUCUUCUCCCUUCACUCGCUUCGGAUGAGAUAUGAGCCUUCAGAAGGAUCGAUGAUGAUCGAUGUGUCCACCAUCUACUCGCUCGAAUUGGUGCAGAACCUCCGCGAUCCGAAGUCAAGAGACUGUCUGUUCGGCCUUCUCAACGAAACGUUGACACCCAUGGGUGCACGGCUUCUCCGGAACAACGUUUUACAGCCACUCACUGAUCCAGAAGUACUUAACACGCGAUAUGCUGCAGUGGACGAUUUGAUCAAAAAGGAAGAGUUCUUUUUUGCGACCCGGGCCGCAUUGAAGAACUUCCUCGAUGCUGACCGCAUACUGACUGCGCUGAUCAUUAUACCAAGCAAGAUCACUCUUCAUACAACUGAACAGUCCAUCAAUCACAUUAUUAUGCUCAAGCAAUUUGUGAACUCUGUACGCCCUGUCUUCGAAGCGCUCACUGGAACGGGAUCUGUAAUGCUGAACAACAUCCGCGAGAUCUGUGCACCAGAAAACGUCGCGCCUAUACAGGAGCUCAUCGAUCACGUCAUCAACGAGGACACUACAUAUGCAAGGCAACCUCUCGAACUGAGAAAUCAGCGUACAUAUGCCGUGAAAUCAGGUGUCAAUGGCCUGCUUGACGUUGCACGCACUACUUACAAAGAAGCCACCGAAGACGCGUACCAGCACUCAACUGAGCUCAGUCAAGACGAGCACGAUAUCCGACUCGACCUCAAAUAUGACACCGCGCGCCAGUUCUACAUGAAGAUCGCAACAUCCGAGCUGGAAGGCAAAGCAUUACCACCAAUAUUCACCAACGUGAUUCGCCGCAAGAAACACGUCGAGUGCCAGACACUAGAGCUUAUGAAGCCUCAGCCACAACUCACUGAGACGCUGGCUAUCGAGGCGGGACGGCACCCGAUCAAGGAGAAAAUCAUGCAGAACAAAUUUGUUCCCAACGAUGUUUACGCUACACAGCAGACACGCUUCCAAAUAAUUACUGGUUGCAACAUGAGCGGAAAGAGCACCUAUAUCCGAUCGGUGGCUUUGAUGACCAUCAUGGCUCAGAUUGGCUGCUACGUUCCUGCCAAUUAUGGCUCGUUUCCCAUUCUGCAUCAGCUGUUUGCUAGAUUAGGUAUGGAUGAUAGCAUCGAAACCAACGUGUCCACUUUUGCUACGGAGAUGAAAGAGAUAACUUUCAUCCUACGUAAUGUCGACAGGCGUAGCUUGGUCCUGAUUGAUGAACUAGGCCGUGGUACCAGCACCAGAGACGGUUUAGCCAUUGCCUUGGCCAUCGCGGAAGCCCUCGUUUCGAGCCGGGCUCUAGUCUGGUUUGCAACCCACUUCAAGGAUCUUGCGAUAAUCAUGGGUGAUCGUGCCGGAGUUCAGAACCUGCAUUUGGCAGUAGAGAUGGAAGAUGCACACAGCAUGACGAUGCUUUAUAAGACGACCCUAGGGGUUGUGCAGGAGCUACAUUAUGGUCUAACACUUGCACGCGUCGUGCCGCUUCCACCCGGGGUUGUGGAGCAUGCCACGAUGGUUGCGCAAAAGAUCGAGCGCCAUACGCUCCAGAAGAAGAAAGCAUCCGAAACUGUGCUCAGAGAGAAGCGACGCAAACUCGUUCUGAACCUCAAAGAACAUCUCGUCCAAGCGCAUACCGGGGUAUUAGAGGGUAAAGUUCUCACAGCAUGGCUCAAGGAACUGCAGAAGGAGUUUGUCAACUGUAUGACUGCCAUCGAAGCUGAAGCUGUAAGCGCAGGCCAGAAGAGCGAGGAUGAAGAUGAAGAGAUGAUGGACAGGAGCGAUUUGGAAGAACAAGAACGACCUAGCACGUACGCCAGUCCGUCGGUCAUAGCGAUCGACUCGCAUAUCAGUUCGAUAGAAUCUGAUUCUAGCAUUCAGGCUAUGUCGGAAGCAUCUACUUUGAGAGCAGUCUCUAGCAAUGAGCGCUAG